UAGCAGUCAGGGUCGCUAACCACUAGACCAACAGGCCCGUCGUUAGGCCGUUAACAUUUAGGAUGUUAAUGAACUAACUAUUCUUUCAGAGACGUCAAAAAACCAGCAGAAUAUCGUUACCUAACUAUGUUACGCGGCCUUCUAGACACAAUUAAUGCAUGGCCGGUGCAAAAGGAAGGGUCAAGAUACAUUGGUCUUCUAAACUACAUGUUGCUACUGUUUUUCAUCGUUUGCUGGAUAAAUAUAUUUUUGCUUGUAAAAGUAAAUUUUGAUAAGCUGUCGUUUUAUGAACUGGGACAUACCUACAUCGUGCUUUUCAUGACGAUUGUUAAUAUCUCACGGACAAUUAUCACGUUGCCUGGCGAUACAAAAUACAGAGAAGUUGGUUCGUUGUUUUUUGAUAAAAUGCACUUGUUUUACUAUAAAGCUGUUUCUAAAUUUGCCAGUCAGACUCAUGAACGAAUCCAUUUCAUUUGUCACUACUUCACUCUAUUCAUCUGUGGCCAGAUGACAAUUGGCCUUAUAUUGUUCAAUGUUAUCCCUAUGUGGAUAAACUAUGCUGCGGGGAACUUCGAUCACAAAGUGAUAAACUCGACUUACGAACAUUCCGUUUACUUCUAUCUCCCUGAGUAUGCGUACACGCAUUGGGACGCCUACAUUGCCAUAUGCCUUGUUAACUGGUUUAUAUCCUAUGUAACUUCAGUUAUAUUAUGCAUGCUUGAUUUGCUACUAUCUUUAAUGAUAUUUCACCUCUGGGGGCAUUUUAAAAUUUUAAUACAUGAUCUUGAAUCGUUUCCAUUACCGGCUAAAACGGAGACUGUGACAUUUGAAGGAAAUAAUGUUUUGACUGCUGCAAUGUAUUCAGAUGAAGAACAGGAACAAGUUUCUAAAAAAUUGAAAGAAUGUAUAGAUUAUCAUCGACUUAUCACUAACUAUACUGAUAGAAUGUCAGAAGCUUUUGGACCGAUGCUAUUCAUUUCUUACUUAUUUCAUCAAGUGGCUGGCUGCUUACUUCUACUUGAAUGUUCACAAAUGACACCAGAAGCUUUAAUUCGUUACGCUCCUCUGUCGCUGAUUUUGUAUCAACAGUUAAUACAAUUGUCUGUUAUAUUUGAGCUGAUAGGAAGUACGUACACAGGCAGGGAAAGGGAGGCAAAUAUGGGUGGGCUUCACUCAUUAGAAGUCUGACACAAGUUGACUAACGCUCAAUCCAAAGCGCGUGAUAUGUAUUCUUAAGGUAGUGAAAAAUUCGAUACUUCUAAAUCAGAAAAUCAGAAAGCUGAGUGUGGUAUGACCGUUGGACUUCCGAGUCAGGUCAUUUGAAUAAGGGGAAAAUAAUGUAUCACUUGCUAAAAUCGAUGAAGAAAACUAGUACAAUUCAGAAUUAUUCAAUGGUGUUAUAAAGCACUUCAGAAGAUAGGGUAUUUCAAAAUCUCUGUUUUUGUAAAUCUGACAAUAUUAUUGCAGAGUGAAAAAUUGAGAGAUGCAGUUUACAGUGUGCCGUGGCAAUGUAUGAA